AUGAUGCCACCAGUGGAACCUGCACCUACUACUAUUGAUUGGAUGCGGGAUAGAGCUCGUAUACCGUUGCUGGCGAGGUCCGUCAAGGAUAGAGUUACUUUAUACCCGGGCGGAGCAGACCCUUGGACUGCUCGUAGCUGGUUGAGGAAUUUAGAAAGCACUUUCGGGUACAUGAGCUGUACAGAUGAAGAGAAAGUGGAGUUGGCUGCGUAUCACCUCCGAGAUCAGGCGGUUACUUGGUGGGAUAUGCAGAAGACGAUCUUCGGGGAGCAGCAUAUCACAUGGUUGAUGUUUCGUGAUGCUUUCGAGAGGCAGUAUUUCCCUGCUACCUUUUGUCUUGCUCGCCGCCAGGAGUUUCUGAACCUCAAGCAGGGUGAUCGUUCGGUAUUGGAGUAUAAUGCAGAGUUUAGCAGGUUGGCUGAAUUUUGUCCUCAGCUAGUGGCACAGGAUUACGAUCGGAUGCAUCAGUUUACUCAGGGUCUUACUGCAUACAUUCGGAUCCGGAUGUCAGGUUUUCCAUGUAGUUCCUACCGGGAGGUGUUGGAUCGGGCAUUAUUUAUUGAGAUGACUCAGCAGCAGGUAACUCAGGAGAAAGGUCAGGAUAAACAGUCGUCACAAAAGAGAGGGAAUAAGGGUCAGAGCUCACAGACUACUACUGGAGGAUCCACUCGGCCACAGAAGGCAGGGCGGACAUCGGAUGGAGCAUCUCGUCCCCCUCAACGUGACUGGAAGAAAGAUAGAGUUGGAUCCAGAUGUUACCAGUGUGGCUCCAAAAGUCAUACCAAAUCCCAGUGUCCUUUGGAUCACUCCAUUUGCUAUUAUUGCAAAUUACCAGGGCAUGAGAGUCGAGAUUGUACUUUGAAGGCACAGUUGGAGACUACUAAGGUUACAUCUCAGGGGGGCCAACCCUCACAGGCAUUUCCAGUACAGCAGGAUUUUCAUCCACCUCAGCCUUACUCAGCAUAUCAGCAGCAGCCUCAGUCUCAGAAUCAGCAGUCGGUUCCUGCACGUUCGAUUGCAGCGCAGACCAAUCCAGGGAUGCCACAGCCGAGCUCAGAGGUGGGUCGCAUUUACACGGUUACCCGGGAGGAGGCACAGCGGGCUGAAGAAUCGGUUUUCCGAGGUACUAUUUCAGUUUAUGCCUUUACUGCAGAUCUAUUGAUAGAUACGGGUAGUUCCCAUUCAUUCAUAUCUCGACUAUUUCUUGGAAAAAUCGGGAGGUUGCCUAUUCAUCGGACUCAUGGGUUGACGGUAUCUCUACCAUCUGGCGAGGUACUAAGUAUUAGUCUGGAAGUCAAAGGAUGUCCUUUAGACUUCAAUGGUCAGACUCUCAUGGUGGAUCUGCAGGUAUUACAGAUGGUGGAAUUUGAUAUUAUAUUAGGCAUGGAUUGGUUGGCCAUGAACCAUGCCACAGUCGAUUGCGGAACUAGAGUAGUCACUUUCCGACCUCCAGGUCUACCAUCUUUGGUAUUCUUUGGAACCGAGAGUGAUGGGAUAGCAGUCAUAUCAGCAAUGCAAGCAAGGAGAUUAUUGGCACAGGGUUGUCAGGGAUAUUUGUUGUCCAUGGUUAAAUCUGGUUCGGAUGUAUUACCACAGCUCUCGAAUGUUUCUAUCGUUCGAGAAUUUCCAGAUGUGUUCCUUGACGAACUCCCCGAUUUGCCUCCUAAUAGGCAAGUCGAGUUUACUAUUGAGCUGGUUCCGGGAACCUCACCAGUAUCCAAGACCCCUUAUCGCAUGGCACCAAAAGAGUUAGAGGAGCUGAAGGUUCAGUUGCAGGAGCUGUUGGACAGAGGAUUUAUCCGUCCCAGUGUUUCUCCAUGGGGAGCACCACUGAAUGCGGUGACUGUUAAGAACAAAUAUCCGUUGCCACGUAUAGAGGAUUUAUUUGAUCAGUUGAAGGAUACCUAUGUAUAUUCUAAGAUUGACCUGCGCUCAGGCUAUCAUCAGCUCAGGGUUAGAGAUGAAGAUAUUCCGAAGACAGCAUUUCGCACUCGUUAUGUAUUCAUGGAUCUGUUGAACAGAGUGUUCCUUGAGUAUCUAGACCAAUUCGUCAUUGUGUUCAUUGAUGAUAUUCUGAUAUACUCCCGAUCUGAGGAGGAGCACAGGCGACAUCUUCGCAUAGUUUUGGAGACGCUACGGCGAGAACACCUCUAUGCGAAGUUUAGCAAAUGCGCAUUCUGGUUACCUUCGGUGGGUUUUCUUGGACACAUUGUCUCCAGCAGAGGUAUAAUAGUUGAUCCACAAAAAAUUGAAGCCAUCACUAGCUGGGAACAGCCGAAGAUGGUACAGGAGAUACGUAGCUUCUUGGGAUUAGCUAGGUAUUAUCAGAGGUUCGUCGAAGGUUUCUCCAGCAUAGCCUUGCCUUUGACACGAUUGACCCGAAAGGGUGAGAAAUUUAGCUGGACAGAAUCUUGUGAGCAAAGCUUCCAGGAGCUCAAGCGGAGGCUCAUUUCUGCACCAGUGCUAGUACUCCCCUCUGGCGUGGAUGGAUUCAUACUUUUCACGGAUUCUUCAUAUCAGGGAUUAGGGGCAGUACUUAUGCAGCACGAGCGAGUGGUGUCAUAUGCCUCACGUCAGCUGAAGGAUCAUGAGAGGAAUUAUCCAGUCCAUGAUUUGGAGUUGGCAGCUAUCAUUUUCUCACUGAAAAUAUGGCGACAUCAUUUAUAUGGGAUCACCUUUGAGGCACAGACAGAGCGAGGCUUGUUAGUCACCAUGGUUGCUCAGUUACCUAUGGUGGAGCGUAUCAAAGAGGCUCAGGCUACAGAUCAGCAUCUACAGUUUUUACGUAGCAGAGUCAUCUUAGGACAGCAGACAGAGUUUACCUGUGAUGAUAGUGGAAUUCUGUAUUUUCGUGGAAGAUUAUGUGUCCCCGAGUCGCAUCCUGUUCUGGAGGACUUAUUACAGGAAGCAAAUCGAUCUAGAUUUGCGAUUCAUCCAGAGGUACUCGCAUGUACAGGGAUUGGAAACGAUCGUACUGGUGGAAUGGCAUGA